AACUUUAUUUACAUGAGAGUUCCAAGCGAGAUCGAAUGCAAUUGUUAAGCCUAAAUACUUAACUUCUUCAUGUUCUUCAAUCGAUGAGCCAUAUAAGAGAAGAGGUGGUAAUGUUACUGCCGUUUUAACGACACAUUUAGCUGAUCACUCACUAUAAUUCGCAUUAAUUUCAAUUUAUUUCUUUAAAAUAUUAAUAAGAUUCAAAUUAGAUACCACUAAGUUCCAUAAAGUAUCGUAAAAUUUUUCUUUUUCUUAUUUUUUCCACAUCUGGUAUUACAAAGUUUAGAAUACAACUGUCAAGAAUUAAACGAAGUUUUUCUUUCUGACUCAUUAGCGUAGAAGAAAAGCCAAAACACAAAAAUUGAUUUGAUCGCAUAUUGUCCUAAAAAAUUGGCAGUCAAGAGACUAGUGAGUCAGCAUGACAAACGUAACUUGCUUUUAAAGCCGUACUGUUUUAAAGUAAUUUUGAGGAUGUUUUACCAUGACAGAAGAACAGAAUGUAUUGGUAGUACAGAUUAUAACAAUACACUUCACAGGAUAGUUACUAAUGGAUACCAUUUCAAUUAUUUUUAAUUAGCAGUUUCUCAAUAAAGUAUAUAAAACUCAUUCUAAUGCAUUCUUACGGUAUAUUUCAUGGUGAGAUACUAUACGGGAGAAUCUUUUUUCUAGGUUAAACAAUCAAGAUUAAAAUCUCUAGGUCUGACGGACUUGUUUCUAUCAUUCCUUAGUACUAACCACUAGUUUCAUAAGUUUCGAGAUAGUCGUACCACCCUCCACAACAGUAUUAUCAAUGUCUAUCUCAUAAACUAGUAUCUUCCAUUAUAUUCGUCAUUUAUUUAUUUACAUACAUGAUGCAGCAGUGCGCAAUCGAAGUGUAACAGAACCUAGCUUACUUCCACAAUCCAUAUUCCAUAAUAGUCAUCAUCGUAGAAGGUGAGUUUACUUUUUAAUCACGAUUCAUGCGCAUGUUGUAGUAAGCAUACCAUCAUAUUUCAGAGCUUAUACUUUACCCUUGAACGUCCAUUCGUAUAUUAGCGAUUAUCCAUCAGAUGAAUCAUUACCAAACUAUACACUAUUAGAGGACUGGGCAUUUCGUCGAAUUAAUCGAUUUCCUCCACGUGAUAUUUCUAAAGCAUUGGCCGAUUUACGAAUGCAAAAGGAUAUAAGUAAAUAUUGUCGAUUCAAUGUUCAUAUGGUAUGCGCAAAUCUUUAUCAAGUGUGUGGUAUUAUCGAGAAAACUCAGGAUGAAUUAUAUCAGGCUAAACAAUUAUCAUUGUCAUAUACUAGUAAUAAUGACAGACUUAUCAAACACGCCCAAAUGAAAGAAGUUUAUAUGAAAACUAGAUUUCGAAUAAUGUACUUAGCUAAAUAUAAUAAUCAACUGAAUGAGCACGAAGAAGAAGACCUUGGUCAGAAGAAACAAACAAAAAAGGUUAAUAUUACUAUAGAAUGUCAAAAGAUUUCGGAUGCAUUUGGUAUGCGUAAACUAUGGCGUGAUGUUGUUUUAUUCGUUAUGGAUAAUUUAGAAUCGGCAUCAGAAUGUAGUCGCUUUAUGUUUGACCAUGCACUUAUUCAUCCUAUAGGAACAUUACCUCAUGCUUCUAGUGUGUAUUUUGGUCUAAAUCUAGCUAUGUUUGAAGAGAAUGCUAUCCAAGAAUUAGCGCAUCGUGUCUUAGGUUAUAAUCAAUACAAAAAUAUUUGGAAUUGUUUAGAAGAUAUUGCAAACUUUAAUCAGCAUACUGAAGUAUCCAAAGAACUUUCUUAUAUACACAGAAUGGCUCAUAUAUGGGGUACAGCAGCUGCUGCUUACUAUCUCUAUUCCCGAUAUGCCAAUCCUAAAGAUCUUUAUCUUUUAAACUGUUAUAAAGUGUGCGCAUCGAUUACUCGUGUCACAAUUGAAUAUUCUGGUGUACAAUCUGGUUUUGAAAUCGUGCAGAUACUUGCUCAACAUCGUAUACCACCCUUUUCUCGCUUACUAAAUGCAGAUUGUAGUUUACAGCUUUUUCCUAUUUAUAAAGGAUAUACGAUAAAAACCAUAUUUUCUCUAGUUUUAACACUUUACUCCCUGGUGCUAAUUCAGCAUAUCUGGUAUUGA